AGAGCAAGAGGAGCCGGAGGAAAAGAGAAGCCGGACGGUGCCAAGAGAGCUUGCGCAAGCAGGGGUGGAAACCGGGCAAACCAGGCCAGCGACGCCGAAGCGCGUCGCUCAAUAUCGCUUUGGUCGCCAACCGUGCAGUGGGAGCGCAGGAUCCAAUUCCGGAACAACCCUUCUUUGCGAAUUCGACGUUGUUGCCGCCGCAGGGCUCUCCGUCAUACCGGGAGAACCGUUAGCCCUCGAACAGGACGAUGGAGGACAAGAAAGUCGAGCAGUAUUACUCGCCGCCGCCGCAGCUUGGAAAAUGGGAGGGAUUCAGGAUCUUUUUAUGGAAUUCGGAGACCGGCCAGUUUAUGGGGCGUACCGGCGCAAGUUGGGCGAAGAUUUUGCUCUUCUACGUGAUAUUCUACGCAGUCCUUUGCGGAUUCUUCGGAGCAAUGUUGGCCGUGUUCUACCAAACGUUGGAUCCGAACGUUCCUAAAUGGCAACUGGAAGGCUCGCUAAUCGGCACCAAUCCCGGACUUGGUUUUCGGCCGAUGCCACCAGAGAGCAACGUCGACAGCACUUUGAUUUGGUACAAGGCUAGUAACGUGGGAAACUAUGGUUACUGGACCAAGGAACUGGAUGCUUUCCUUGCUCAUUACAGGAAAACUCCGGCGAAACAUGGCGUCGCUGACACGAGGAUGCCUUGCGACUACGACAAACCUCCCCUACCAGGAAAAGUCUGCCUCCCCGACAUCGAGUCGUGGCAUUCCUGCAAUCAAAACAAUAGUUACAAUUAUCAGAAAUCCGCACCAUGCAUUUUCCUCAAGUUGAACAAGAUCUUCGGAUGGAUGCCGCAAAUCUACAACGACACGAGCAAACUUCCGAGCAACAUGCCGGACGAUCUGAAAUCUCACAUCGCGAACGAGCAGUCGCAGAACCGGAAGACGGUCAACACUGUUUGGGUAUCGUGCGAGGGAGAGAGUCCUGCGGAUGUUGAAAACAUCGGGCCGAUACAGUAUAUCCCACAGCGAGGAUUCCCCGGAUAUUAUUUCCCCUUCACCAACACUCCAGGCUACCUGAGCCCGCUGGUUGCCGUGCUGUUCGAGGCACCGAAGCGUGGCGUCCUGAUCAACAUCGAGUGCAAGGCGUGGGCUCAAAACAUUCAUCACGAUAGAUUUGAGCGACGUGGAUCGGUGCACUUCGAGCUGAUGGUGGAUUAAGCUCCGAAUUAAUAAAUAAUCAAAGACCACUGCCAACCGCCGGCAAAAUCCUCGAGCCCUCGAUCACCGGGCAAGCGUUCCGCCGUGUUUACAUUUAUCCACGUGUCAUUUUCUUUCAUAUGCCCGAUAUUCAAUUUUCAUUUUUCAGCCUUAAUGUAUUCCGUGAAAUAUUUUCAAAUUCGCCAAAAAUUAUAAGUAUAAAACGAAAUGAAAAACACGGCAAGAAAUAUGUGCGGACAAAUAUUUAAUUCAUUAUUAUUCGCGGGUUAAAUAUUUUCGAUACUUUCUGUAUCGUUGGAGGUUUUUUUUUGUUUUUUUGCCUUGAAAUGUUACAUCGUCUAUAUCUUACUUUAAAUAGACAAACAGACAUUAGAACGAACCGCCCACGCAGAAACUAAAACAUCAAGUUGAUUUUGACCACAAACGUCAUAGCAAUAUUAAUAAAAAUACCAAUAUUUUCGAUAAGCCUUGUAAGAAAUUCGAUGACCUAGAUUUAGAAUGACAAAAUCUUCCCAAGUUUGGCUGUCGAAAAUUCAGUUUUAGGAAAACUAGUACGAAAUAAAUAAUCAACAGAAAAUUAAUCUUUCGAAUUAUCGUCUAUUCGACGUUAAAUUUACCAAAUUUUUGAAACAAUUUUCCGAGAUAGAGGAAAACCUGCCGUGCUGUGAAUUCAGCCAAGUUUUCUUUGUUGAUUCCGCGGAAUUUUUUGAAAUCUUGCCAGUUUGCAGCUGCGCUACUUAAAAAUACUACCUGCAGAGUGGUUUAGAUUUUGGAAAACCGAUUAUUUUCCAAAUGCUUUCAAAUUUUUUCAGUUCAACGUACUUUUACAAAUACAGAAAGCGGAAAAAAGUUACAAUUUUCUGUCAUCAUUCAAUAUUUUUUCCGUCUAUCCAUAUCUGUGGAAUGUAUCAUCGUAUUUAUAUCUGCAUCUAAUAAAAAUGAUUUUUUCGUCGAAAGACGUUAGACUCCAAAUUUGUUUUCAUCAAGUUUAUAUCUUCUUGCCAAGUUAUAGGUUCUUCGGGCAGUUGUAUAGAUUUGAUGAGAAAAUAUUUCGUAUGUGCUUCGACGAGGAAUCAAUUUACAAGGUUGAUAUGAAUACGAGGAUAAUAUUUAAAAUUUUGUAAAAAACAAAAAAUUUUCAGCAUUUGCAUUUUUUACUGCAAUGUCAAGCUACGUUUAACCAAAAAUAUUACAACAUUUUACAAAGGGUUGAAUUUACAAAUUUUAAAUAAUCCACAGAGUAAGUCAAUUCAAUUGGCGCAAAUUUUGGAAAAGUUCAACGGAGUCGAAAAAAAUUGGCUCAUGAAUUCACAAAAAAAAUUUCACAUACUUUGCUAAUCUCGGAAUCUGGAUUUCCUAGACAUGUCCAUUGUUUACUCAACUUUGUAAUAAAAAUUGGACAUCGAUUCGUGGAUGGAUUAUUGUUAUUAUUAUUGUUAUUAUUAUUGUUCCCUGUGUGGGCGAUUGCAUGUAUUACCCGUGGCAAAAGGUUGAAACUUAAGUAAGCAGCAGACUAAACACACGAUUACUAAUUUAAAGUUAUUCAACACAAAACCGAAAAUCAGCGUGAGCGAAAAUUUUCACUAAUUUUUAUCAACAUUCACAGAAAAAAAACUUGCGGCUCUUACUUAACCUUACCAAAGUGUAAGAGCUACUUAAAUACAUACUUAAAAUUAAAAUACAUUAAAAUUAUAGUCAUCAUUACUGUCGUGUAACGUAUAGAGGAUAAUAAUAAUAAUAUCUAUUUGAGCGUGCGAGGAUCAGAUCGAAUGAAUGUGGAUAGCAUAAAUGGGAAAAGACCGACUAUCAGGUAAAAAGAAUUAUCCAGAGUUUCGCUAUUUACCGAAGCUAAGAUAUUCGGAAGCAGGAGAAAAAAGUUAACGGAACAAGUGAUGAUAUAUUAUAUUAUAUAAUAAUACAGCCUGUUAUUCGAUGAUGAGUAGGUAAAAAAAAAAAAAAAAAAAAAAAAAUGUAAUUUGUUUCAAUGAUAAUAAUAAUAUAAUAAGAAAAAUAAAUAUUAAAUUAUUAUUAUUGUUGUUGUUAUUACUAUUAUUAUUAUUAUUAUUAUUAGUAUUAUUAUUAUUAAUAAUGAUGAAAUAUAUUAUAAUAAUAUAAUUAUAUGAAAAUAAACAAAUUAGACAAAGUCACCUAUAUACUCGUAUUAUAAUACAUUAAUUAUAAUUAUACUAAACGGCAGCGAGAUAUUAUUAUACAACAUAAAAUAAUAAUUAAGUAUGAUAAUUUACAAUAUAAUAAUGCGAUAUUAGAAUAUUGUAAAUUCGAUAUCGUGAUUACUUAGUCGGUAGGUUAAAAAAAUAGGAUCUAAAAACAUAAAUAUAUAUAUAUUUGUAUAUAUAUAUAAUAUACAUAUACAUAUAAAUAUAUAUAUAUAUAUAUUGCAAUUGUUUUGGAAGCUUCGCAGUAUGAUAUAAAAAUUGUGUUAAAAUGUGCAGAUUGCAAAAGAGUCGCAAGCUUGUGCUUGUCGGAUAAUGGUAUAAAUCGAUAAAAAUAAACGUUUAUAUUAUGUCUGCCAUUACUAUGGAAAUGAGUAUAGAGCUAAAUAAAUAUAUGUACGCAUUUGAUAUUAUAUAUAAUAUUGACAUAUAACACAGCACACACACACACACACACACACACACACACAGAGAUAUAAUUGGAGCGCGCGUAAACAAGAACUCGACAAUAUUGAAAAAGUGUGUCUAAUAAUAUGUAAAUUUACACGCACUGCAGGCGCUCAAAAAUGAAAACGCAUAUUGUAUGUAUGUAAACACAACACAUGUAUAUAUUUAUAUUGUUACCGAAUUGCAUUAAAUUAUUAAAUUAUACAUAUAUAUUAUAUAUACAUAUAUAUAUAUAUUACAAUUAUAUUGCUCUUAAUAUCGUUUGCAUAAUGUUUAUUUUUAUCGAUGUUAUACAAAAUUGACUUACAUUACGAAGUUAAUUUAUCUAACCUUGUUUAUUUGUUCAUUUAUUUAUUUAUUUAAUUAUCAAUUCACUUCUUUAUUUAUAUCGUUUAUUCUUCUUUCCGCAAAGUACGAAAUAAUAUAUUACAUAAAUUGCUUUAAUUCUGGCGAUACAAAUAUAAUAUAAUAAUAUACAAAAUUAAUUAGUUAUUUAAUUAAAUGUUGCUGUUAUUACUAAUAUUAUUAUUAUUAUCAUCAUUGUUUUUUUAUUAUUGUUAUUAUUAAUAUUAUUAUGUUAUGUAUAUUUAUCUGUAAUCGAUUAAAUGACAAAUACUGUUAUCAUUUGAAACUGUAUAACGAAACCGUUUCUAAUGUAUACUUUACAAUGUUGUUGGUCGAUGAAGUGAAAUAAAGAUGCCGAAGGGAUGAGGAAAAAGAAAGAAAAUAAUAAUAAUAUUAAUAAGUGAAAUAAUAACUUUAACAAGAUAUAUGAUCACAAUAAUAAUAAGAUAACGAUAACAGUAAUAAUAAUAAUAAUAAUAAUAUUAAGAAUAUACUACUAUUAAAAGUAGUUGUAACUAGAUAAGUAAUAUUAUGACGACAACAACGGUAACAACAACAACAGUAACAACAAAAUAAUAUAAUACUUAAUUUAUAUUAUCAUAUUUAUGAUCACGCUUAGAAUGUAAUCAAUCUUAAUUCGAUUCCAACCAUUCGAAUAAUGAAAUUGACAGAGAUAAAAUAAAAUUUCAUGUCGGAUUUGAACGGAGGAUAAAAAUUAUUUGCGUUAUUCAUUGAAAGAUGUUGAAGAUGUGACGAAUGCCACGAGUAGAUGACGAGGAAUGCUAAAGCUACGUACGGGGGCAUAAGUAAGAAAAGCUGAAAACAGAACACCGUCGUACCUUAGAUGUUUAACAUAUUGACGUUAGCUGCAUGCACUUAGGAUGAUUCGCAUACUUAAAAAACUGUAGCAAUCAAUAUACAACACGUAUCGCAAUAUACGGACAAUAUACGUGUAUAUUGUGUGGAUGUAGAAAUCUAUAAUAGAAGUAUAAUAACAAUAAUUUCAAACGAGUCGUUGAAAUUUACAGGAACUACACAAACACGAACGGAAAUAAUAAUGCCAAUAACAACAACAACAACGACAACAACAAUAACAAUAAUUCUAAUAAUAAGUUUCUUUGGCAUCACCGACGAGAUUCGGGUGAACAAUUAAAUGAUUGUUCCACUGUAUAUAUACAGUUAGAUGUCUUAUAAUUGCUGUAUAAUUGAUUAUGUUUACCUUUAACGCGUUGAUAAUAAUAAUAACAACAACAACAACAACAACAAAAAUAAUAA